AUGGACGAUUCAUUCGUAGGCAUGUCUGGUGGAGAAAUCUUUCAUGAAAUGAUGUUAAGACAUGGUGUGAAGCAUGUCUUUGGUUACCCUGGUGGUGCUAUCCUUCCUGUUUUCGACGCUAUUUAUGAAUCUAAAUAUUUUGAUUUUAUCCUGCCAAGACAUGAACAAGGUGCUGGACAUAUGGCUGAGGGUUACGCCAGAGCGACUGGUAAACCUGGCGUUGUCUUGGUUACUUCUGGUCCUGGUGCUACAAAUGUGAUGACACCUUUGGCUGAUGCCCUCGCUGACGGUAUUCCUCUCGUUGUCUUUUGUGGACAAGUGCCUACCUCAGCUAUUGGUACUGAUGCAUUCCAAGAAGCUGAUAUUGUCGGUAUUUCUCGUUCUUGUACAAAAUGGAAUGUCAUGGUAAAAGAUAUUGCAGAGCUUCCUCGCCGCAUCAAUGAAGCAUUCACCAUUGCUACCAGCGGUCGCCCUGGCCCAGUCCUUGUGGAUCUUCCUAAAGACGUAACAGCAGCUAUCUUGAAGCGACCCAUCCCUACCACCGCUCUCAUUCCUUCCCGCCCAACGACUAUUCCUAACACCGCUAUUGGUGCAUUCACAGAAGAGGCUCGUAGUCACGCUGUACCCACUUUAAAGCGUGCUAUAGACAUGAUCAAUAAGGCCAAACGGCCUGUUAUCUAUGCUGGUCAAGGUAUCACCGGUCAUCCUGAUGGACCUCAAAUGUUGAGAGCAUUGGCCAACAACGGUAAUAUCCCUGUCACAACUACGUUCCAGGGUUUGGGCUCCUUUGAUGAACUCGACAAGAAGUCACUCCAUAUGCUUGGUAUGCAUGGAUCCUGUUAUGCUAAUUUGGCUAUGCAAAAUGCAGAUCUUAUUAUUGCUCUUGGUGCCCGUUUUGACGAUCGUGUGACAGGUAAUGUAAAGGCAUUUGCUCCAGAAGCCAUAAAGGCCGCCAAGGAAGGUCGUGGUGGUAUUCUUCAUUUUGAAAUCAUGCCAAAGAAUAUCAACAAGGUCGUUGAAGCAACCGAGGCCAUUGAAGGCGAUGUUACAGAAAACUUGAAGCAAAUUCUUCCUCACAUUAAAGGUGCCGAACGCAAGGAGUGGUUUGAUCAAAUUGAUGAUUGGAAGAACAAAUACCCCUUCUAUUAUGAAAAGACCACAGACGACAGUCAACCACUCAAGCCUCAGCAGCUUAUUGAAGAACUUGAUCUUCAGACACGUGAUAAGAAAGACAAGGUCAUCGUCACCACCGGUGUCGGUCAACAUCAGAUGUGGGCUUGUCAGCUCUACCGUUGGACACAUCCUCGUACUUUCAUUUCCUCAGGCGGUUUAGGAACCAUGGGUUAUGGUCUUCCUUCUGCUAUCGGUGCCAAGGUUGCAAAGCCCGACCAUAUCGUCGUAGACAUUGAUGGUGAUGCCUCCUUUUCGAUGACUGCCAUGGAACUUGCCACCGCUGCUGAAUUCAACAUUGGUGUCAAGGUCUUGUUACUCAACAAUUCCUUCCAAGGCAUGGUGAAACAAUGGCAAGAUCUCUUUUACAAGGAAAGAUACUCUGGCACGAUCAUGAAAAAUCCUGAUUUUGUCAAAUUGGCAGAAUCUAUGGGCGUCAAGGCUCUUCGUGUGACAAAAGCUUCAGAAGUUCAAUCAAAGAUGAAGGAAUUUUUAGAAUACGAUGGUCCUAUCGUCAUGGACGCUGUUGUCUGUAAGAAGGAAGUUUUAUGGCCCAUGGUCCCUGCAGGAAGAGCCUUGGAUGAUUUCCUUGUUCAUCCUCAUAUUGCUGAGCGCAACAAAUCUAAUAAGCAGUAA